CGCUCGUUUCUUCUUAAGGUGAAACAGCGAACAAGAUUUUGGAAUACAGUUUUAUAAACUCGAUGGUGUGAUACUUUUAAAGAAAAAAAGUAUUACUUAGUGUAUUUGACUAUUCGUGAUUUUAAUUCCGUUCGCAAUUAGUCUGUCGAAGAAAAAUAAACAUUAUUUGACAAUAAACAUUUUUUCAAACGUAUGCUACCAGGUUUUUUGGACUUUUAAUGUAGAAGAAAAAGUACAAAGGAAAUAAAUAUUAACCGGAUUUUCUUAAUCUAAUGUAGCCUUUAUCAAAUGACGUUGGUUUUUGGAAAGUUUUCUUUUCAACGUCGACAACACGUGGGGGAUUGAACAAAGCCUAAACGUUUUCAAAGUUGGACUUUAUCUAUUUUUCAUAUAUUUGAUAUGUGAAAGCAUUCUCUCUUGAAAAGGGGCGCAUCAUGUUUGUCACGCGCAUGCCGCUGUUGGUUUGUGUUUCGACUCUGAUUGUCGAGUUGUUGCUGUUGUUCGACGUAUCGAAAGUGGCUGCCCACGGUGACCACGGAGACGCGGAGUCACUGUUCCAGUGGACUACGAUCGACUACAAUUGGCGGACGAAGACGGAGCGGGAAGCCGCCUUAACUUCCGGUAAAUACGUUCCCUUGCAGAACGCUAUCAACGGAAUUCGCGUCUACGACAAUAAAAUCUUCGUGACGGUGCCGCGCUUCGGGGACGGCGUACCGUCGACGCUCAACACUCUGAUUAACUCCAGGCGACCGUUCCUUUCAAGCAGCACAGUCCUUAAGCCGUAUCCGAGCUGGGAGAUGCAGCAGGAAGGCAACUGUUCGGCCUUCCAGAAGGUUCAGAAUAUUGAGAUCGAUCCGAAGCGCGGGAUUAUGUUCGUCAUUGACACCGGGGGAAAAAACUACGGUUGUCCGGCGAAGUUGGUUAUCUACGACGUUAAAACCGAUGUCGAGAUUCACCGCCAUAUCUUUCCCGACGACGUUGUCUCGCGUGGAACGAACUAUCUGAACGAUCUUGUUAUGGACUACGUCGAAGGAAAAGUUGAGUAUCUGUACAUCACCAAUACUCGCGACUACACCAUUGUCGUUUACGACAUCAAGGCGGACAAGUCGUACUCGUUCACUGACGCGUCGAUGAAACCUGAACCGGGUAAAACCGGCGUUAAGGUGUUGAACGACAUCAUAGAGGUGAACAACGGCGUUAACGGCAUCGCCAUGUCCGCAAAUUUUGAUUACGUCUACUACAGCCCGAUCGCCGGUACCGGAUUGUACCAAAUCCCGACGAAGGUUCUCCGGAACUCGAGCGCCGACUUCGCCGCGCAUGUCCGGAAGGUGGGCGAGAAGCCGUCGCAAGGGGACGGCAUGAUUAUGAGUACGAAGAACAGUCUGUACUUUUCGGUGUUGUCGAAAAACGCAGUCGCCAUGUGGGAGCUGCAUAAAGACGUUAAAAAAUACGGGUCCGAGGGUGAGGUGAUGAUGGAUACGUUGACGUAUGAGGCCAACGACCCAUCGAUGGAAUGGGUAGACUCGCUCGCGCUGGAUCAAUCCGGCUACUUAUGGUUCACGACGAGCCGUCUGCAGUUGUACCUGAACAAUAAGCUCACUAAUGACACGAUAAACUUUCGCAUUUGGCGCGCCUUCGUGCACGAGCCGAGCUAUGCGUAUUUUGACGUUAACGCUAUCAAGCAUGACACGAACGCCCAUGAUCAUCAUCAUGAUCAUUCUCACCACGGAAAUGGGUCAAGAUUAUUGCAGUCGCUAGCUAUGCUCAUCGUCGGGGCGUGGUUUUCCAAACUUGUGGUUUUUAUUACGUCACGCGGUGUUCGGACAUGAUCGGACAAAAUUAUUGGUUUUAUAACGUCUAACGUGUGUCAUAAAAUAUGUUACAAGAACACAAAUAUAAAUAUUAGUUUUAUUAAUGUUGUAAAUAUGUAAAUUUUUGUAAAUAUUUUAUAAAUAUCAUCCACGUGUGAUGUACGGCUUAACAUGUUUGUAUUUGUGUCUUUUUUCUGAA